AUGGAUUCAGCGCAGUUGUCACUUUCGUUCGAUAAAGCCUCAUUGUCAGAUAAUGGAAACGCUCGCACUCGCAAGUCUGAAUCAAGCGAAGUCUGUGCUGAUAACCCGCAAUGUAUCGUAAAGGAAGUCCAGAAAUCAUUGCAAAGUUUAUCCAAAACAGAUUUUCAAACAAAUAGUUCAACUUCUUUUUGUACAAGUUGUUCUCAUAGUUUAUCUCCUGGUGCUGCUAUUCGAACUUGUAGUAUUUGCCAUAGGUGGAUUCAUUUGGAGUGUGACCAUGAUUCGAAUAGCGUAGGAUCCGUUGAAGUUGAAUAUAUAUGCCCACCUUGCCGUAAUUCGCCUUUGGUUGCUGAUGCAAUGAUGACUUCAGCAAGUGGCGGUUCUUUGGCUCCAUCACCAGCCUCCAUCUCCACACAUGAUGAUUCUUCUCGAAAUGCAAUUUUUGAUAAUGUAUAUUCGCAUGCAUCCAGUAAUAGAAAUAGCCCAUUCACUGAACUGAAUUUGGAUUCAUCAUUCAACGAUAUUUUCUCAAUUACCCAUCAGUCAAAUCAAGAAGAAGGUCCUUCAUCUGUUGUCGUAUCGAAUAAUGCUGAAAAUUGUUCUUCUGAAGCAUCUCCAGUAUACUACAGUGAUGCAAAUGCUGCAGCUGAAAUUGAUGAAUUUCAUAUAUCUAACAGACGCGAAAAAAGUGAAGGAGUUUCUCAUUCACAUCGAGGUGGUCGAAAUGGUGUUUCGAAGCCACUUUCAACUUUAUUGCGUUCAAAUUCAAUGCGAACACGUUCAUUCGCUGGUUUCCAUGAUGUAUCUGAUUAUAGCAUAUCAAAUAGAGGAAAAAGAGGUGCAAGAGGAGCCAUGAAAAAUGGGCGAGGUCGUAGAUCGAGAGGAGGAAAAACAUCUUCCAUGCUUGCAUUAGUUUCUGCAGCUACAGCUGCUAUAGCUUCACGUGAAACUGACCAAGAAAGCUCAGAACCUGAAGAGUUGAAAAAUCGGCUUGAAGAGAAUGAGUAUAUUCGAACAGUGGUAAUAACAGACGCUGAAGAUACAUUUUUUUUGCAAAUGCCCGUUUGCUUGAUAUGCGGUAGCAUCGGUAAAGAUGUUGAGGGCACAAUGGUUUCUUGUGCUACGUGUGCUCAAAGCUAUCAUACAUUUUGUGUUGGCCUUCAUAAUACUUUGAACCAAACAAUUGUGAAGAGGGGUUGGAGAUGUUUGAACUGUAUGAUCUGUGAAACUUGCGGAGAGGCUCGAGAUGAAUCACAUCUUAUUUUAUGUGAUGAAUGUGACAUCUCAUAUCAUACGUGUUCUGCUUGUCGACGGUGUGAGAAACAAAUAGAAAAGUGCACUGAUUUACAUCGUAUGGAAAGUUUAUGUGAGACGUGUUUUUCAUUGCGUAAAUGUUUGAGGUGGUUUCAUGGGAAGUGCGAAGAAGUAUUUGGUGAAGAAAUUCUAGAAGCUGCGUCUGAACAUGGGUUCCGCUGUUCUUUAUGUCGACCUCAUGGAAAAUUACAAAUCAAUGAUUCCUUAAAUAUAUUGGUAUGUGAUAAUGUUGCGAUGAAUCGAUCAGCAUGGGAAGUAUUACAAAUGCGUUACGGAGGACUUUUGACGAAAUCCAGUCUAACUUUUCACAACGAAACAAUUUAUGGAGCGCAGUAUUAUGGGUAUGGAGCACGAACCCACUCCUAUGAUGAUAUAAUGGAUGACGAAGAAGUGGAAAUAACACCGCCAAUGCCAAGUGGUCGAGGUAGGGGAAUGCGAGGAGGACCUGGCAGAAGAGUUUUAAAACUUGGUGUUGGAGGAUUUUUUGUUAGGAUACCGCGCCAUCGUUUAUUAGCUGCGGAAGAAGAUACAAAUGGCGAUGAUGAUUCAGCUUUAGGCAAACCAAAGAUAAAGAGACCAAGAAAGCCAAGAAGAUCGCAGCUUGAGGAUAAUUAUCCUCCUGUUAUACAAGAAAGCUUUUUCGGUAUGAGACCGAUUGAAGGCAGAGUGUUAAUUGAAAUGGUAGUCGAGGAACCCACUCUUCAGGAAAUUCAAAAAACAGUCUUCAAUGUAGAAAAACAUCAUUUACCAUGUGAACUUAGUGAAACAUCAGUUGAUGCUUUGAGAGAUGGUGAAAGCGUAUUGGAUAUAAUGGAAAAUGAGAUUAUGAACAAUAUUGAAUCCAUAGAUUUUGAUAAUUUGGAUAUUGGUAUCUUUGGUGUAUAUGAUGAAGAGGAUGAUGAUGUCAUAAUGGAUGUUGCUGAAAGUGAAGAAAAUGGUGGCACGGAAGAGGGAAUGUCGUCAAUGCAAACAUCAAAUUAUGAACAGCAACAUAUAGUACCUUUUGGUUAUUCUUCUAGUAUGGCUCAGAAUAGACAAUUCGAUGCGAGAAGAAGCGAUGAGAUAGUGCAAAAUCAAAAUCGAGCGAGUAUUUCUCAACAGAAUUUAUCUUAUCCAUUGCAAAGUAACAUCCAGAGUCAAUCCAAUUCACGAUGUAGCAGCCAGAUGGCAGAAAGUUUUAUCGAGCGUGUUAAUCAAGCAACUGAAAGAUGGGAAGAAGAUGAACCGUUGGGUGAACGUGCGACUAAAGCGGCAGUUCUUUAUGCUAAUGUUAAUCAUCCUGAGUGGAAAAAAGAUUAUCCUGAGUGGAAUGAGCGUGUAAAACAGAUCCAUCGUAUGUGGAGAUCUCUGGAUGCCAACAGUCGCCAAGAAUACGUUAACAGAGCACGGGAAAACCGUGCUAAUCGAGCUAAGAUUCCCAAAGUAAAAAGAGUGCACGCUGGUUGUGUUCGUGCAAUCGCAUCGUCUUCGCAGUGUUCAUCGCCUUUGCAGAUUGGAAUGUCUGGAACUACUUACUAUUCUCAGGGCAUCGAAAGAACUGGCGGUGCUGUUUUAACCGAUACGCGAAAUCAGGCUUCGAGUUUAGCACAUUUAAGCAAAGAUAUUCUAGAUAAUUAUAGUUUAUUGCAACAGCGAAGCAAUGAACUUUUUAAAUAUCAAACUGCAAUAGAAAAUGAUUUGGCUCGAAUGCGCAAACAAAAGAAAAAUUUGACAGCCAAGCGGCGGCAGUUAAAUAAAAACAAUCAGAAAUUUGAUGCAAAUGGACUGCGAAUUGAUGUUGAAUUAAAUGAUACUGAUAAAUCUUGCUUAGCAAUGCUUAUAAACGCAAUACCGAUAAGGCAAAAAGAUUUGGAAAAUUGUAAAAGGGAUAUUAAAGAGCAUUCUUCGAGUGUACGAGAUUUUGAAGUAAAGAACAACAUACCUUCUGAUUUCGCAAAUCAAAUGGCUUCGCAAGCAGCGAGUUUAAACAUGAAUAAUAUCAGGUCACCUAACGUGACGUCGAGUGGUCUACGACCACCACCGCCAUAUUCGUUCGUAAGUGAUCAACGGCAGAAUAUAGCUCAUAAUUAUCAAGUUUCAAUAGGCACACAUCGUUUUUCUUCAACUAGACCAGAUAUUGAUGGUUCUCAGUUUGGUUCUGGUUCUUCAACUCCAUCAAACAGUAGAAGAGAAUCAGUUGGCUCUGCGGAUUGGACAAAACAGCGAUUGGGAAGGAAGCGAAAAACUGAGGAUGAUCUGUUUGAAGAAUAUGAAAGGCCAGCUAAAUUAGGCGAUGUGUAUGCUAGUAGUAUUACCUCUCAAAUCGAAUUAGAUGUGUUCGACGUUGUUGAUCAUCUGCUAACACAAGUUGCAAUAAUGGUACAUGGUGCUGAAGCAGCAAAAAAAAGUGGAAUUCUCAAAAGACUUCUCGAACCUUUGUCUGGAAAACUUUGUUCUCCUCAAAAAACAUUUACAUCAGAUGAUUUGUUCAAAGAGAAUUGCCUACUUGAAUUGCAUCAUUUCGAAAAUAUUAAACCAAAAAAGAAGAGAAGUCAACAGAAAAAAUUGCCAGUUGGUUCUAGUAAUGAAUACGAAUUGCUUUUGGAGCGUAUUUCCACGCAGUUACGUUUGUGUCCUCCCUUACCUCGUCGAGCUCUUGAACCUGUUCCUCGAAUUGAUCGCUCAUCAUUAUCCAUGUUUGGUGUAACUGAUCUUCCUGAUCGUACUGAAAAAUGUUCAAUAGCUGGUGAUAAAAUUGGCAGUUUACGAUUGCUGUUCAUGCAUGAUUAUUAUACUCGCAUGUUUGAAUGUCCAAUCGAAGAAAAAUCAUUGUACCCUUCAAUGUCUUUUUUUUGUAACGACGUCAAGAUGACAUCAUUAGCACAAAUUACAAAUACCAAUUUCCUUUGGCUGGAAGAUUCUGAACUUGAUCGAUCAUCCAUGAAAAUGAAGUCACUGAGUGUUGAUCGUAGAUCACGUUCUCCUCCGUUGCGAACUAUUUCUCGAAUUCCCGAAGCUAUUUCCCCUCAACCUCCCCACAGAUCUUCUUUUUUAAAGCCUCCAAAUCUUAUUGAUCAAGUGGCCGUGAGCAUUAUAAUGGAAGGUGAAGAUGGCUUUGAUCCAGAAUACAGUUAUCGGCAACUAAUGAAGUUGUUGGACAUAAAUCCAUGUCCUGAUUUUAAAAUGGACACUCCUCCUGAUACACCGAUAAAUUGCAAAGGUGAAAUUCAAGAACAGAGCAAGAUUGAUAUACACAAUGAAAUAUCGCAUUGUCGAAAUUGUAAUUCUAUAAUUAAACACUCGGUUGUGCCACAGUCCAAACUUAUUGAUGAAGAGAAAGAAGGUGAAGCAUCUUUUUGUUCAAUGUCUUGUUAUUAUAAUUUCAUUGUUAAUGCUGGAAUAGCAUUGUCAACUGAUGAUCUCCAGAAAGCCGAACGGUUUGUUGAUGAAGAAACAUUAUCAAAACUGCGACAGAUAAGUGCAGAAAAUUUUGCCAAAUAUCUUCAUCUAGGAAAGAUGAAGUCAGAAAAUAUCAGUACACCAGUUGGUGGAGACGGGUCACCGUUAGACAGUCGAUUGGCCAUUUCUGAUCCUGAUUCUCAAAGCUAUAAACUUCAGACUAUUUAUGCAAGAGAGUUAUCAGCGCUUAUUGAAUCAAAAGUACAAAAAGUUACUGAUCAAAAAUGGAAGGGUCGGCUUUGGAUGCAGUACGAUGCAGAGUUAUUGGAGAGUUUUCAACAUUUGGCAAGUCAGGUUCGACAGAAACAUAUGGCUAUACAACUGCAAUCUAGUGAAGGUAUGCGCGCAGCGCGUAAGGAUGAUGCACGAACAUGUGCUUUUUGUGGUAUACGGGGUGAUGGCGAUAUCGAUGUUUGUGGGCGUUUAAUAAAUGCUGAUGCCAAUACUUGGGUGCAUGUUAAUUGUGCAAUCUGGUCUCAGGAGGUUUACGAAAAUUCUUCUGGUGCAUUAAGUAACGUCGAUGAAGCAUUGAGGCGGUCAACUGAUGUUUUAUGUCUUGUUUGCAAACGAUCAGGCGCUUCUCUUCGAUGUUAUAAAUUAAAUUGUGAAUCGCAUUUUCAUUUGGCUUGUGCGAAAUCUGCAAAUGGUCACUUCAUGAAAGAUAAGACUUUCAUAUGUAGCUUACAUGAUGAUAUUCGUCCGGAACUUUCCAUUGAUCGACUCGAUGCUUUACGUCGAAUUUAUAUUGAUCGAAACGAAAACAAAGUUCUCGCUAAGCUUUUCCACAGUAAUGGUAAUCAGCUUAUUCUACGAAUCGGUACACUUAUUUUCCAUCAGCUUGGACAAUUGCUUCCUGAUCAGUUAAAAUCAUUUCACAAUUCUGAUUAUAUAUUUCCGAUUGGAUAUAGAAUCACUCGAAUUUAUUGGUCACCUUUGAAUCGCAUGGAAAAAAUCCGCUACAACUGUUCCAUCGCUGAUAAUCGAUCAGGGCCACAAUUCAUCAUAACAUAUGAAGGCGGUAAAGAAAUCCGUGAAUUUAGUUGUACAAACGCUUGGAAUCGCAUUGUGACAAUGGUGCAGAAUCUUCGCCAGAAACAAAAUAAUGAUGUGCUGAAAUUGUUUCCAGUUCAAAUUAUUGGCGAAACUUUGUAUGGUUUGAAUGAAACAGCGAUUUCAAAAAUGAUUGAAUCGCUGCCUGGAAUUGAUCAGCUGGCCACUUAUUCUUUUAAACAUGGUGGAAGCCCAUUAAUGGAUCUUCCGCUUGCAGUCAAUCCUUGUGGGUGCACUCGGUCUGAAAGAAGAUUUCGUACUCUUAUAAAACAUAAACGACGAAAUCAGCCAGCUGUUGCUGCUUCUAUUCAUUCAAAUAUUGGAUUGGAUAUUGUCUCGCGAGAUACACGCAAUCGUGGCGGUCCAGCUGCAUCGUUAGAACAAAUCUGUUCUCGGUCACUAUCGCUAUGUGCCUUUUCAAAUGAUUUAUGGAAUCCUUAUGCUCGCUGGGAAACUGGGCCGUUGAGUAGUAGUUAUUAUUCUCAAUAUCAAAAAAUGAAGAAAGAGUGGAAAAAUACCGUAUAUUUGGCACGAUCGCGUAUUCAGGGCCUUGGUUUAUUUGCUUCAAGAGACAUUGAAAUGAAUGCAAUGAUUAUUGAAUAUAAGGGUGAACUAAUUCGUACUGAGGUUGGCGAAAUGCGUGAAAAACGUUAUGAAGCACAAAACCGUGGUGUUUACAUGUUUCGAAUCGAUGAUGAACGAUUGAUUGAUGCCACGAUGGCUGGUGGGCCUGCAAGAUAUAUUAACCAUUCAUGUGAUCCUAACUGUAGUACUCGACUGGUUGAUUCAGGACCUACUGGUGACGAUAAAAAAAUUAUUAUUAUUGCAAAUCGUCCUAUAAGUGCUGGUGAAGAGUUGACUUACGACUAUCAAUUCGAUAUCGAGGAUACGAAUGAUAAAAUAGCAUGUCUCUGCGGUGCUCCAAAUUGCCAAAAAUGGAUGAAUUGA